CUGACUCCCGAAAGGGUUAUUGUGUCCCAGGCUGGCUGUAAAAAUGCUAUUGGCUACGUCUCUGCGGCCAAAGUGCAGCCAGAAUGUUUCUGUCUCCAUUCAGAGCAUUUGUUAUUUUGGCUGAAAAGAAGUAAGCGGCACUUUCAGGGCAAGGAUGGAGCAGCAGAAUACCAUCAAGAAGGAAGGGAGGCUGACGCUUGUACUCUUCCUGGCAACGCUGAUAGCUGCCUUCGGGUCAUCCUUCCAGUAUGGGUACAACGUGGCCGCCGUUAACUCCCCUUCCGAGUUCAUGGAGGCAUUUUAUAACAAGACCUACUAUGAGCGAACCAACAGCUACAUGAGCGAGUUCGUCUUGACCUUGCUGUGGUCUGUUUCCGUGUCCAUGUUCCCCUUCGGAGGCUUCAUCGGGUCCCUCAUGGUCGGCCCUCUGGUGAAUAAACUGGGCAGGAAAGGGACCUUGCUUUUCAACAACAUCUUUUCCAUAGUGCCCGCGAUCUUAAUGGGGUGCAGCAAGGUCGCCAGGUCUUUUGAGAUGAUCAUUGUGUCCAGACUUUUGGUGGGAAUAUGUGCAGGUCUGUCCUCCAAUGUUGUGCCCAUGUACCUGGGAGAGCUGGCCCCCAAAAAUCUGAGGGGGGCCCUGGGGGUGGUGCCUCAGCUCUUCAUCACCAUCGGCAUCCUUGUGGCCCAGCUCUUCGGCCUUCGGAGCCUCCUCGCCAACGAAGAAGGCUGGCCGAUCCUCCUCGGGGUGACCGGGGUCCCCGCGGCUCUGCAGCUCCUCCUGCUGCCCUUUUUCCCCGAGAGCCCCCGGUACCUGCUGAUUCAGAAGAAGGACGAAGCGGCUGCCAAGGACGCGCUGCGGCGGCUGCGCGGCUGGGACGACGUGGGCGCCGAGCUGCAGGAGAUCCGGCGCGAGGACGAGGCGGAGCGGGCGGCCGGCUUCGUCUCGGUGCUGCGGCUGUUCCGCAUGCGGUCCCUGCGCUGGCAGCUGCUGUCCGUCGUCGUCCUCAUGGGCGGCCAGCAGCUGUCGGGGGUGAACGCGAUCUACUACUACGCAGACCAGAUCUACCUGAGGGCGGGGGUGAACGCGAACCAUGUCCAGUAUGUGACAGCGGGCACCGGGGCCGUCAACGUGCUGAUGACCAUCUGUGCUGUGUUCGUGGUGGAGCUCCUGGGCCGGAGGUUCCUCAUCCUCCUGGGCUUCUCCGUCUGCUUCGCGGCCUGCGGCGUGCUGACGGCUGCCCUGGCCCUGCAGGACACCAUAUCCUGGAUGCCCUACGUCAGCAUCGCCUGCGUCAUCAUCUACGUCGUGGGACACGCCCUGGGGCCCAGUCCCAUCCCCGCGGUGCUCAUCACGGAGAUCUUCCUGCAGUCCUCGCGGCCGGCCGCCUUCAUGGUGGGGGGCAGCGUGCACUGGCUCUCCAACUUCACCGUGGGCCUGAUCUUCCCGUUCAUUCAGGCGGGCCUCGGAGCCUACAGCUUCAUCCUUUUCGGCGUGAUCUGUCUUCUCACAACCAUCUAUACCUUCCUGGUGGUCCCCGAGACCAAGGGCAAGACCUUCAUGGAGAUCAAUCAGAUUUUCACCAAGAUGAACAAGGUGUCAGAGGUGCACCCGGAGAAAGAGGAGCUGAGGGACUUUCCACCCCGUGCUCUGGGGCUGUAACUUGAGAGCAGGAGCCUGCCCAGAGGGGCUGCGCCAGCUUCCCUCCCGGGCUUUCGUCCUGACCCGCGGCCCUCUGUGGACACGAAGGACGAGGCCCCGUGCGGGCGGGAACGCACUGGGACUGUCCGGAGGGCUCCGGCGCCGCCUCUCCCCAGAGGGCCCCCACCAGCCCCGCGUCACCGGGAGCAGGUGCCCUUCACCGCGCUGGGCUCCUGAUAACACCAGUGACAGCGAUCAUCCGCGUGGUGGCGAGAUGGGAGGAAUCACAUCCGGCCGGAGGAAACAACUCUUCUGCAAUCCGUGGGUCUUCUGGGGACCGGAGGCCUGCGUGCAGGGAAAUUCUUCCUCCUGCUGGAUCCGUCUCCGGAAAUACCUGGACAAUGUGCCAUCUAAGAAGCUGGGGAGCAGGUCCCUGUGGAGAUGUUAACGGACUCAGAGCUCGUUAAUCCUGAAUUAUCUUGCUGGAGGACAAUGAAUGGCGUGGCCUCUGAAUGCCCAAUAAAGCACAUAUGAUCACUUUUCACAA